CAUACAUACAAUUGAAUCCAAGUGCUUCACGAUAGCAUCGUUAUAUUAAUUCAUUAAUCAUAAUAUUAAUAUCUAAAUAUUUCUAACAUAAUGGACAGACCUUACCCAGUCCCGAACGCCACUGUCCCGUACUGGCGAACAGAGCUUCAUGAGCUCGAUUCUCAUCGCAGCACGGAGGAGCUGCCUGAGAAACAGGAUAUCAUCAUUGUUGGCGCUGGAUUUGCGGGUGCAUCUAUUGCGCACUAUUUACUGAAGGAGAGCCCUACUUCUGAGAGGCCAAGCAUCACCAUUUUGGAAGCUCGUGAGGCUUGUUCGGGGGCUACUGGGAGAAAUGGCGGCCACUUAAGACCCGACAUAUUCGUGGCCGUAGCAUCACGCAUGCAAUCCCACAGUCUCGAAGACGCAAACCGAGUCGCGCUCUUCGAACUCGCCAACGCCAGCGCCGUCGUAGAGCUCAUCCAGGCAGAAAACAUAGCAUGUGACCUACGACCCGUGACCACAGCCGACAUGUUCGUAGACGCAGCUGAAGCAGCCAAAAUCAAGAAACUCUGGACCGCAAUGUCGAAACUAAACUGUCCCUCCCUGAGCGAAGUCACAUGCCAUGAGUCCGAGGCCGCGAAAAAGGUUACUGGGGUUAAAGAUGCUAAGAUCGCGUUCACGUACCCGGCGCAUACGCUCUGGCCGUAUAAAUUGGUUAUGCAUUUACUAGCCGGUGCUGUGAGCCGGGGGGUGAAUCUACAGACGCAUACGCCUGUGAUUGAGGUCUCGGAUACGGUUGAUGGGGAGGGAUAUUGGACGUUGGCUACGGGGAGGGGGGAUAUUAGGGCGAAGAAUGUGUUUUUUGCGACGAAUGCGUAUACUAGUAGUCUGCUGCCUGAGUACGAUGCUGCGAUUUACGCUGCUAGGGGUACGGUUGCUAGGAUCUUACCGUCAUCCUCAUCCUCAUUAUCGGUUUCCCGGCCUGUACCACCUCUAGGUUCGUGUGCGCUAGAGAUGGAAAGUCCGAAUUCGGUUGACUCGUACUACGGCAAACGACCAGAUGGAAGCUUGUUGGUUGGGGGCGCGAGAAGCGCGUACUACCAUCAGAAUAAAGAACAGUGGUAUAGGAAUUAUGAUGAUGCGACGUUGAUUGGACCAACGGUGCCGUAUUUUGAUAAUUGGGCGGAGAGGACGUUUGAGGGGUGGGAGGGGAGAGAGACCAAGACGGAGAGGGUUUGGACGGGGAUUAUGGCUUACUCCGCGGAUGACUCCCCGCAUAUCGGAAGAGUGCCCUCGAAGCCGGGGUUGUAUAUCUGUGCCGGGUUUAACGGACACGGGAUGCCGAAUGUGCUUCUAUGUGCCAAGGGAUUGGCUGAGAUGAUUAGGAGUGGAUUGCCCUUCUCGGAGACCGGGAUUCCGGCUUCUUACCAGACGAGUGCGGCACGGCUUCGGAAGAUUGCUGAGCAUGCUGCUGCUCGUACUACGGGGAGGGCACAGGCUGAUAUCUAUUUGAAGUAUUAGUUAUGGAUAUGGAAAAGUAUUGGUUAUGUAUCUUGAAGGGAUAUUAUACUAUUUUCAGCUGGGUAUAAGGAAUGGAAUCUAGAAUGCUAUAUAGACAUAAUGGUAGUUAUGACUUAAUGCUGCUGACUGUUUAUGAAGCUAUUCAUAACAGUCUUAACGUAAGACUGAGCAUAUCGUUCGAUAGAAUUUAAUAUCGAUUACUGCAAGUUCCUGAAUGAAUGGAUACAUGUAAGAUUGAAGGAUGAUAAUCUUCAAUUUAUCGAACCAGAACCAAAGUGUUGGAAGAGUCGGAGUUCGGAGGCACCUAAGACGUUUUGAUAACUAAAAAUAACUUAUGAAGCUGCAGGGCCAGACUUGGCGAUCCUUAUUGGCUCUUAUUGGCUGUUUAGAACCUUCAGUGCCCUGUGGAGCUCACUGUAUACAAUGAAUUGUAC